AUGAAGUUCAGUCUGACUGCUGCUGUUUACAUCCUGAUCAUCACACUGUGCAUGGUUUGGUCGACUCACCCAGAAUGUUCGAUUGUUCUUCAUCUCCAAGAGAAAGAAAACGAGUGUAACCUGGAGAUGGAGACCACCAACAAAACUGCAGCCUGUGUGGUGGAGUGGGACGGAGUGAGCUGUUGGCCGGCCGCCUCUGAAGGAGAGAUCGUCUCCGUCCUCUGUCCUCUGCUGCUGCUAAAGCCUGAAACUCCUCCAGUUCCAAUCACGAGGAGCUGCACAGAACAAGGAUGGAGCGAGCCGAGUGUGCCGUAUUAUAAAGCCUGUUACUAUGACGCUCCUGAGGAAGAUGAAGACAUGAGGAAUGAGAAGAAUUACUUUGACCUCCUGAAGUUGAUCUACAGUGUUGGAUAUGGACUUUCUCUGGCUGCUCUCCUCGUCGCUGUUCUGCUUUUCUGCUCCUUCAGGAAGCUUCUCUGCACGCGUAACUACAUCCACCUGAAUCUGUUCCUGACCUUCAUCCUCAGGAGUGUCGCCGUGUUUGUCAAAGAUUUUGUUUUAUUUGCAGACAAAAGCACAAACCACUGCACCGUAUCUACAGUCGGAUGUAAAGCCGCCGUGUCGUUCUUCCACUUCUGUGUUUUAUCAAACUUCUGCUGGCUGUUGGUGGAGGGUCUGUACCUGCAGACUCUGCUGAUCUUCACCUUCACUCAGACCUCAAAGAUCUUCAGGAUCUACUUCUCUGUCGGCUGGGUUUCUCUUAUCCACAGUCUGAUUAUUUCAGGGACUCCGUCUGUGAACGUUGUGAUCUGGGUCCUGCUGAAAACUCACCUUGAUGAUGAGGGGUGUUGGGACGACCUGGAGAGCAGCUUGUGGUGGAUUAUAAAGAUUCCCAUCCUGCUCUCUAUAUUUAUCAACUUUGUGAUCUUCCUGAACAUCAGCAGGAUCAUCGUUCUAAAGGCAACGCAGAUGAACCCGAGUGAGAAGCAGGUGAUCAGGACGCUCGUCCGCUCCACACUGCUCCUCAUCCCUCUGUUUGGAGUUCACUACACGCUGUUCGCUCUGAUACCUGAACACGUCGGUGUGAAGCCUCGGCUCGUCUUUGAGUUAGUUUUAGGAUCCUUCCAGGGUUUCAUAGUUGCUCUGCUGUACUGCUUUCUAAACGGGGAGGUACAAAAAGAAAUUCAGGGCGCUGUGAGAAGAUACCGGACUGACACAAAGGCAAACAACAUAAAUCUUCAAACACAAGAAUACCUCAACUGAAGUCAACUCACAGAAGAACACAGAUUUCAUUUUCAAGUUUUUACUCAACAGUUCGCUGACACAGGAAGCUGCUUCUUCUUCACAGAAUGUUUUAUCCUCUGA